GUCUUGCGCUGUGUUUUGCCGAUGGGCGGCCCAAGCCCUGCCUGAUCCGCUUUCGAGCGGCCAUCUUCAUGGACUUGCUAUGAGCCCGCCUCUCUGCCCACAUCUGACCCUUCAUUGCUUCCUCGGAUCCUCCCGUUGUCGGCUCGUCCUACUCGGCGCUCGACACAGACCCAUGUCCACCUUCAUCGCAGCCGAGUCCAGGCUGGUUCUUGACGACAGUGUCGUCGCUCGUCCCUUCGAGCCAGCCGCCGUAUCCAGCAAACCCUCGAUUGUCAAUGCAAAGGACUUUUUGCUGCAGAGCCCGAGGGGCGUUUACACAACCGCUCGAUCGGUCAACUCAUAUGCCAUCAUGGAUCUUUCUGCCCACUUGGCCCGUCUGGCGACGUCGCUGCAGGGAAUGCAGCUCCCGUUUGAGUCCGCGGAUGCAGCCCCGGCAGAGGCGACACCUCCCGUAUCCAAGACGCUCGGGCUGAUGCGAAACCCUGAGCAUAACUCGACUUGGAUCGCUCCCGUCAUCCGGCAGUCCAUGGCUCACUACUACCGACUGGUCCGUGACUCUGGAGAAUCAAACUUGGGCGAAGCCAAGAUCACUGCCCUAAUCACCUAUAGCCCGGCCGGCAAGAUCGAGAUCAGGUCGCAUUGCGAGAAGCUUCCCCAGCUCUCGCUAUCGAGCUGUCGAGUUGCCGUUUACGGCAUGCCGAGGAAAACGGCAUCGGUAAAGGACUCUCAGUGGGUACUCGACCGUGCCCAUCUCGAGAGCAGCAAAGCCCCUGGCGUUCACGAAGUGCUCCUGAUCGAUUCACAAAAUAACAUCUACGAGGGCCUCUCGUCCAACUUUGCCGUGCUCAAGAAGGACUCGUCUGGCACAAUUGUUCUCCAGACCGCUCCCCUGACAACGGUUCUUCCUGGCACUGUGCUCAAGAUGAUCACAGGUGUCUGUGCAUCUCUCGGCAUCCCGGUGGUCUACGAGUUUCCCAACGUCCGGGAUCGCCACGAGUGGUUGAGUGCAUUCAUAUCGAGUACUUCGCGAGGAGCACUUUGUGUCUCAUCCAUCGACUUUCCGGACGAAAGGUGAGAACGAGAGCACGCAGUUGCGCUAUUUUCCUGCGAAUGAGAGAUUCGGUUGCAUUGCAAGUGUUCUAACCCUCUGCCGGGACGCUAGUGAGCCCUUCGAGGUUCCAAC